AUGGCGUCUUUACUACCUCGUUCUUUCGGCCUUGCUGAAACAGUUCUUUUAAAAAAUGGAACAAAGCUGUUGGCAGCAUCAACAAAUAGCAAUCUACCAUGCAAGCAGCAGGUUCGACAUCUGAACGUGCAUGAGUAUGUGAGCUACACAUUGCUCAAUGACCAUGGCAUCCCUGUGCCAAAGUUCAACGUUGCCAAGACCAAGGACGAGGCAGUCAAGUUUGCCCAAGAGCUUAACACCAAGGACAUAGUCUUGAAGGCCCAGGUACUUGCUGGUGGCAGAGGAAAGGGUGCUUUUAAAAAUGGCCUGAAGGGGGGAGUGCGAAUGGUUGACAACCCUGAAACAGCCGGAGACAUAGUUGGCAAAAUGCUAAAGCAGUAUUUAGUGACAAAGCAAACUGGUGCAGCUGGCAGGAUCUGCAACAUGGUUAUGGUCACAGAGAGGAAAUUUCCUCGUAGAGAGUUUUACGUCGCCAUCAUGAUGGAGCGCAGUUUCAAUGGCCCAGUUAUAAUAGCGUCCUCGCAAGGUGGUGUGAACAUCGAGGACGUGGCGGCAGAGAACCCAGAUGCUAUCACGUAUGAGCCCAUCGACAUCAAAUCGGGCAUCACAGAUGAGCAGGUGUCGCGCGUAGUCGAAAAGAUUGGUCUUGAAGAUAACAAAGAAGAGGCGUGUGGUAUGAUUAAGAAAAUGUAUGAUCUGUUCCUUAAAAAGGAUGCACUUUUGAUUGAAAUCAACCCUUAUGCAGAGGAUGCUUUGACUGGCAAAUUCUUCUGCUUGGAUGCCAAGUUCAGAUUCGACGACAACGCGCAAUACCGGCAAAAGGAUCUUUUCGCGCUCCGAGACAUUAGUCAAGAAGAUCCCAAAGAAAUUGAGGCUGCCAAGUUUGAUUUGAACUAUAUUGCUCUGGAUGGUAGCAUUGGCUGCAUGGUGAACGGUGCUGGUCUGGCAAUGGCUACAAUGGACAUCAUCAAGCUGUACGGAGGCGACCCAGCCAACUUCCUUGAUGUGGGUGGUGGUGCCACUGCUCAGGCUGUGUCGGAAGCAUUUAGGAUUAUCCUGUCAGACCCCAAGGUGUCGGCCAUCUUGGUGAACAUAUUCGGAGGCAUCAUGCGGUGUGACGUCAUCGCCGAGGGAAUCAUCAACGCCGCCAAGAACCUCAACAUCCAGAUUCCGGUCAUAGUCCGUUUGCAGGGUACGAAAGUGAACGAGGCGAGAAAGCUGAUCGCUGACUCUGGUCUGCGCAUCGUGCCCCGUGACGAUUUGGACGAGGCGGCGAAGCUCGUGGUACAGCUCUCAGAGAUCGUGGGGCUCGCAAAGAAGGCUGGCGUCGAGGUUAAGUUCGACAUCCCCAGAUACAUGCUAGAGAAGUGAACACCAGCAUUACAUUAACACAGCUUAGCUAUCAUACAGUUCAGACUGAACGCUGCCGUAUUGUGUUCUAAAAUAUGGCUGUCCUAGCCAUAGGAACGCCUUAGUAGACAGCAAGUCGACCCUGCAAUUUUCAUAGGGACCACCAAAUCCCUGUCUCUGAGGCAUUUGAUAUCAAAUGCUAUAGAGACGGCUUCAUACAAGGGCUGUCACUUUUUACAUCACAAAUCACGAGACUUUAUCAAACCCCGUAAAUAUACGUUCGUUUCUGAACCAAAUGAUAGCUAAGCUAUCAACACUCAACAGCAUAACGAAACCAGGGAUUUGUGCACAUUUGUAUUACGGUAAACAAUUGUUGCUAGCUUGUUCAUUGAUUUGAAAGGCUUCAGUGUAAUAUUGUCGUUCUACAACGUGCGUACGGUACAUAUUUGCUUUCGCUGAAAAGAGACUAUAAAUAUGUAUGAAACAUUGAAAUCUUGUUGUACAUUACGUACAAUCUAUAUAAGGCAUAGUCACUAUGACUUAUUUAUUGUUCAAUUUUUUCCACUACAUCUUUUUAAUUCUAUCCAAUAUAAUAUAUGAACUAAAUUUUUUGUCUAUAUUUUUUGGACCACAUAGUAAGAACCAUCCAUGUCAAGUAUGAGCAGUCAGUCUUCUUUGUAGUAUCUAAUAUUAAUGGAAGAAGAGAUCUUCAAAUAUGAGAUAUUUGUGCACAAAUCCCAAAACAAAGUAGAUACUCUAUGCCAUCCUAUUAAUCUCAUAUAAGUUCAUCGAAUAACGUCGUGCUACACUGUAAGUUAGUCACGUCACUAUGAGCGUUUUGCUUAAUGUAUAAGAAUUAUGUGCGCUGUGUUAUUUAUUCAUAUUAGAUCAACAUGUAGAUAGUAGGAACAAAUGUUUCAUUUAUUUUUUGAUUAAUGUAAUUUAUUAAUUGUAUUAAAUGUACCUUUUUGUCAUAUUAAGUUUCCAUAAGCUUACUCUCUUGUUAACUUUGAUUCUUACAUUUAAGCGAUGUAUACCUAUUAGAAAAUAAGUGCACUGUGUUUAAUCAUUAUAACAAUAUGUAGUCAAUUUAUCACAAUGCCAAACGAUUAUUUGUAGUAAUUAUAUAUGUAUAUUUAUUCCUAUAUUCAAAGUACAUGUCAACCUGGUGAGCUCUGGCAUAAAAUGACAAGACUUAGAUUUCCGAAAGUACUCAUGUAAAAAUGUACUAAAUAAUCAUCAAUCGCGAUUAUUUAAUACUUGUGUAAAAAGUUCCCUAUUAAAUAUUUUGACUCA